GUCUUCUUGGAGCUCCAAGUGGAACAGUGGAAGGGAUCGAGAUUUAGGAAUACCCGAUUAUGUAGGAUCGGAUUUUCGGCGAGAAGUAGGAAUGGAAGCGAUCGCUGAUAGCGACGUCGGUGCCGUGGCGAAUUGUUCGAAUGCGACGCGAUAAAAGCCGCUGCGAGUGUUCUUGUUUACGCGAAGAAGCCGCUAUUAAAAAGCUCAUCGAUUAGUGCACGGUGCAAAUGCGACUGUUUUCGCGUUGUUGUAUACGCGAGUGGAAGAAGGGCAGAUCGCUAACUGUAAACACGGACGUUCCCUUUGCCGUGUCGGGCCGGAUUCGUGAGCGUUUCUGCCGCUGAUUUCCUCCGAUAAAUAAGUAAUGGAUGGUACGAUGGAGCGAGAAACGGGAGCUUUAGGCGGCUUGUUCCAGCAAAUCAUCCAAGACAUGAAGAAUGGCAUGCCUUUGUGGGAGGAUUUUAUUACCAAAGCUACGAAACUUCAUUCUUCGCUCAAAGCCACUAUUUUGGCCGUUACGGCUUAUCUGGAUUCCUUUCAAAAAAUUGCGGAUUCGGCCACGAACACCAGAGGAGCGACCAGAGAUAUUGGAACUGCUCUCACGAGGAUUUGCUUGAGACAUAAAGCUGUUGAAAAUAGACUGAAAAAUUUUACUUGCGUGAUCAUGGAAUGUCUCAUCUUGCCGCUCCAAGAGAAACUGGAGGAAUGGAAGAAAAUCGUCAUUAAUUUAGACAAAGAUCACGCCAGAGAUUACAAACGAGCCAGAGCGGAACUGAAGAAACGAUCGACCGAUACGCUACGGCUGCAGAAGAAACUGAAGAAAGGCGUCGGCGGGGACGUGCAGAAGAGAUUCGAAUGCGGCUUACAGGACGUCACCGAGCGACGACAGCUCCUCGAAGAGACCGAAAAGCACGCUCUAAGGGCCGCCUUGGUCGAAGAAAGGACCAGAUUUUGCUCCUUCGUCGGAUUACUCAAACCCGUCGUUGACGAAGAAAUAGCCAUGCUGUCGGAGAUGGGCCAUCUGCAGGAAGCCGUGCAGCAGCUGGAGAAGCACACCAGCGAUCCGAAGACGCUGCCGCCCGCUUCCGAGCAGGUCAUCGCCGAUUUGAAGAGCUCGGACGGCGGCUGGUCGUUCCAGACGCCGCCGUCGUCGCCGUCGAGCCUCGGCUCGAGGAAGUCCUCGAUGUGCUCGAUCAGCUCGAUCAACAGCUCGUCGUCGGGCAGCUCGAAGAGCCACCACUCGCCCAGCCAUCCCUGGCAGAGAUCCCUCUCUCAACCUGUAGGUCGUAGUGGUACAAUGCGUGUUAGAUCUGUAUCGAGUCAAGAUUCCGGUUUUAUGUCGCAAGACACGCUUUUUCCGAGACCACCUUCGGCUUUUAGCUCCGUGCAGGUAUCGAAUAUGUCGGAGCACAGCAACAACAGCAGCAGUUCGAGCACGCCUUGUACGCCGUUUCCAGCCGGCGGCGCUCCGACGACGACGGCCACCUGGCCGAAUCUCCAGGAAACCAUCCAGUUCGAACGGGCCGCGUCGGCCAUUAUAAACGACCGGCCGCACACGAUAUCGUCAGCUUACGAGAAGGGCCACCAAAGGCCCCCGCUGACCGUGUACACAUUCCAAGCGCCCGAACAGACCAUCUCGCAGCCGGCCAGCCCGGUCAUUUCGACGCCCACCGACGCCACAUCGAAUAUUGUGCCUCCGAAAAGUCCCGCCUCUUCGAUCAAGUCGCUGUCGAAGCCUCCUUUGCCCGUGAGAUGCUCGUCUCUGGAAAGGCCGAGCGGUCCGAACGUGCCGGCCAAAACGAUCGCCCAGGGCGUGAGGGUGCUGCCGCCCGGGGCGGAAUUGUCCGUUCUGAAGAAACCCUCCCCAUUGCCCAGCCACUUGUCCAAGAGCCUGCCGCAGCCGACGUACGCCAACAUGCACGAGCUCAUGGCGGCGGCGGCGGCGGCGGCCGGCAAAAACCAGGAGAAGACGUUCCCGCCUCCGCCGGUGGAGUUCACCAGCCCGCCCGAUAAGCCGAACGAGGGCGAAAAAGAGAGCAGCACCAGCGAGAGUUCCUUGGAAUCUUCCAGCGGUUACGGGAGCCAAACUACUUUUACGACUGACGAUGUGCAUCAUUUCGAAAAUAUGGGCGCGGGUACGUUACGCGUGCUGAGACGAGGAUCGGUACAAAACCAGAAACCUCCGCCUCCCAUCAGGCGGACGUCGUCCAUAACGAACACGUCUUCCAUAGGUAGCUUGGAGAACCUGCCGCCUCCUCCCGCGUUUCUCCUCGAACCGAACGAACAAGCGAAAGUGGCGGGCAAAAGUAUCAAAGUCGCGGAAACGGUGAAAGCCCUAACGGAGCUCAACCACACGCCGGCCAGUCCCAACACCGUCAGGCGCAUGUCGACGUCUUCCCAGAACCUCUACCAAACGUCCCAGAAUGUCCACCAGCAGCCGAGCCAGUACCAAACGUCCCACGCGCAAUACAGCCAAGGCCAGACGUUCAGCACGUUCCAGAGCCAAUCGAAGGUGUCCUACGUCUCCCAAUCGGGCGGCGUGGUAUACGCCCAGCCCGUGCAGGUCAUCGGCGGCAGCCCGAACGCCAUGAGGCGCAUCCACAAUUUGAGAUCCCAAAGCGCCGAUCGGAAAUCAGACGGUCCCGGAGGCGUCAGUUCGAAUUUCAUAGCAUCGCUCAGCGCGAAACUGACGCCGAAUCUGAGCCCGAAGUCCACUCGAAGGUUGUCCGAGGACCGGACGCCUACGAAUUCCCCGAUCAACAAGUAUCCCGGCCAGAAGGCCGGGCCGGGUCAGAGUUUCCUGGAUUCGUUGAACGCGAAGCUGUCUCAACAGAGCGCCGUCAGUCCCCAGCCGGCGCAGCUCAAGACUAACAUCAUCAGGCAGAUAAUCAACAGCAAAGUGCAGCCUGAUCCCAAGGUGUGUCACGAAUCGUUAAUGGAUCAAAUUAAAAAGGGGGCGACUUUGAGACGGGCGAAAACGACGAACGACAGAUCGGCCCCUAAAAUCUGUUAAAUUCUGUUCUUUUACCGUCAUAUCAUUUUAUAUUUUGCGUUGCAUUUAUUUUAGGAUUAAUAAUAUGCUUUAAUCAGCUUUGUAUGGCCGAAAGGCCCUUCUGGUAUAUUAUUUUUAUAAAUACGAUUUAUUAUUUCGAAAAUGUCACUUCGUUGAUUAUUAUGGAGUCAUCGAUUCAUUUUUGACUAGUACAAUUCUAAUUUUCCUUUCGACGAAGUUCAAUUAAUGUUAAUUAAAUAGAAAUAACUUAGUAACGUCCAUUUUUUUACAUUAAAUUGACUGAAUUAUUUUUGUAAUCAUACUAGUGUAGUAGACAAAAAUAACAUUUAGAACUGAUGUUUUAUGUAAAACUAUAAUAAAAGUAACACAUUUUUAAUAGCAGUGAAACAGGAAUACUCUUCGAAUAUAUAAAAAAUUCAAAUUAUACGAGAUUGUUUAUUUGAAUUUUAGUACUUCUGUUUAUUAUACAGCAAUAAUUUGGUCCCUCUUUGAUUUGAAUAUAUUAUAUUUUUUAAGUACAUAUCAAUUUUUUAAUAAGAGUUUAUUCUUAUUUCAUUGCUGAUGCUGUUUUGCAUGUUUUUUUGUAAAUAAAUAAGUUUCAUGUAAACCAAUUCAGUAUAUUGUAUAUAACUAGUAGCGUUUUAAGAGAUUAAUAUAUAAAAGACAAGUAGUAUUGUAAAACUAGAGCACAACUUAUUUUUUUUAUAAUUUUGUU